CACACUUGGGCAGAUAUCUGGGAACUACCAUUGGUAGAAUUACAUCAGAACUGUUGUUUUGUAAUUGAAGCCUAAAGUAUUUCAAGCACUUCUGAUUUAAAUUCUUUUUUUUAACACAAAAGGUGCUUUUGUAAAUAGCAAAAUACUCAGAUCCAUUGACUUGCUUGCUCUGAGGUAUUUUUAAUUAAGAUUCACAUAUAUUUGCAUAGAUCAAGAUGAAAGGAAUUAAGUAAAAGACAAAUUGUUUAAAGGCAAAUUUUUACAUCACCUUUGCUUGUACAGGCAUAAAAAAACUGUUAUUUUCAAAGUGGAAGUAAAAAACUGGAGGUUCUUUGUAGUACUGCUGAAAAGGUUGUGAUAAGAUUGGAACAGAAGAAUAUGUUCAUGGAUUUGUUGGAGAUGGGAAAGUUCCUGGAUGUUUAUGAAAGCUUAUUCAUUUUUCAGGGACAGGUGACUAUAAGUGCAAAAUUUGACAAAGGCAUUUACCUCCCAGAAGAUGCCGAGUUCUACUUUGUUUAUGAUGGAUCCACGAAGAGGCACAUAAUGUUUGCUGAGCGUAUUGGUGACAAUACUCUUCAGUCCCUUGUUCCAGGCCAUGGAUGCCAGGAAGCAGUCUCUGUCUCUGUAUUAAUGUAUGCAAGGGGAUCCUCACCUGUGGCCCUCGGCAGCUGUCCUGUCACUUACAGGGAGAACUUGUCUUGCAAGUUGUCUCGUUUUCUGGUCAGUCACACAGAACGUGUCAGUGCCACGAGUCACAAGGUGUUACUGGAUAAAUUUGGACUAACAGUAAAAGAUCUGCAGUCCCUGGAUACCGAUUUGACGAUGGCCAUUGCUCAUGAAGAAUUGCCAUCAACGUGGAGCAUCCUCGGAAGCUGCUAUGAAGGAGGAAGUGGAAGGAAACUUACAUUAGAGUAUGCUAUUGUACUGUAA